GCCCGACCUCGUGGAGCUGCUGCUCAAGCACGGAGCCACCCCGACGCCCAGUGCCCUCUCCGCUGUGACCACCUACGGCCACGCCAAGAGCUUCAAGGUGAUGCUCAGCAAGCUCACACCGGCCGAGAUCAAGCGACGACCUCUGCUUGCGUCCAUUCGAGGAAGCCUCGAAUGCGCCAAGAUCGCGGUUGCCAUGGGCGCCGACCCCAACCUCGUCUCUGCCUCUCAGACGCUGUCGAUGGACCAGCAAUCGGCGCUGCACGAGACGGCCAACUGCGGGCGCUACGAUAUCCUCCACUACUACCUGAGCGAGUGCGGCGGCGACCCGGACCUGCGCGAUUCCCGGGGCCGCACCCCGCUGCACUCGGCGGCCUACGGCGGCCACAUCGAGUGCUGCAAGCUGCUGGUCGAGUACGGGGCCAAGUGGAGCGUGGCCGACAUGCGCAAGCGCUUCAUGUGGGGCGACGACGAAUCGAUCCAGCUGCUGGUCAAGUUCGAAAUGAUCCCGAGUACGGCGGUGGCGCGACACUUUGCGUUUAUCAAGCAAAAGGCCCCCGCGCAGAAGGACUGGGAGCAACACGUGGAGAAGAAGAAGAAGCUCAUUGAGUACCUGCUGGCCAACGGGCUCGAUGCCAAGGCCGCCUCCAUCGACGGGUGGACUCCGCUGCACCUCCAGGCUGAGAAGCCCGACGCGGCCAGUGCCCGCUUGCUGGUCGACGCCGGCGCAGACCCCAACGCGCGCGACUCCGAAGGCUGCACGCCCAUGCACUGGGCCGCACGGCCGAAGAACUACCACGUCGCGCGGCCGAAGCGCUUGCGAAUGUCGGCCGAGCUGAUCAGUUUCCUGCGGGAGAAGGGUGCCGACAUCAACGCGCGGGACAUCACCGGCGCCGCGCCGCUCCACUACGCCGUGUGGCACAACGAGGACUUUGUCGAGAUCCUGCUCAACAACGGGGCCGACCCCAACGUCGCCACGCUGCCCGCCUGCGGCCAGUACACGCCGCUCCACUUCGCGGCCGACAUCCGCAAGAAGAGCGCCAUCAAGUCGCUGCUCGAGAAGGGCGCCAAUCCCACGCGCAUCGACGCCGAAGGCCGCUCAGUCCUCCAUCAUAUCGUCAAGGACUGCGAUGUGCAGUUCACGAUCGAGGAUCCGGUGAUCCCUGGCGAGCCGCUCAGCGACUCUCUGAUCGUGGUGGGCGAUCUGCCCUCGGAGGAACGCGGCGGUGACGAACACGCGUGGGACGUCCUCUUCGAUGUCCAGGGCCAACGAAUUCGAGCCAACAAGUCGAUUCUUUCCUCGCGUGCGGACUACUUCAACAUCAUGUUCAUGUCGCAGUGGCGCGAAUCCGAUCUGGGCGAGAUCGAGAUCAUCGACGUGGAGCCCGACGUGUUCCUGCAUCUGCUCAAGUUCCUCUACACCCACCGCCUGGACGCCGACCAGGAGCUCAACCUCCAGCUUGCCGUCAAGUUGCUGCUCGUGGCCGAUCAGUUCUUGCUGCCGUCUCUUCAGAUCGCCGUCCAGAAGUACCUCGCCCAAAACAUCCACAAGAACCAGGACUCGUUCGUCAUGUUGUGGGAGAUUGCGGAGCAGUUCGAGUUCAAGGAGGUCAAGAAGGCGUGCCUCAAGUUCAUCCUCGACGAUCUGGGCCACCAGCGCCGACGCGCCCUCGAGCAGCAGCAGCACGACACCGACCAAGAACAGCAGCAGCAGCGGAAGCAGCAGCAGCAAGAAGAGGAGAAGAAGCGCAAGCUCGACGUCGACGCUGCCGCAAUGGAAAUCGAAGGCGAGCAGCAGCCACAGCAGCUCGCGACCGACACGGCCACGGCCACGGCGGCCAAGAAGCGAAGGCGAACCGACUCCCCGGAGGAAGAAGAAGGCGAAGGUGAAGGCGAAGCCGUGGCUGCGACGAUCGGCGGUGGAAUGGAGGUCGAGAAGAAGGAGAAGGAGAAGGAGAAGGGCAAGGAGAAGGCCGGCGAUGAAGAGGAAGAGAAGGAGGAAAAGGGCGACGAGUACAGGGAGGUGUGCCGCAAGCUCAUCUUCGAGGUCCUCGAGAAGAAGAUGGACCUGCCCAGGAAGUAUCGCUCCAUCCACUGGAAGAAGGACGAGGAGGUGGCCUCCGCGUCUUCCUCUUCUUCUUCGGCCGCCGCCCCGCCUCCUCCCCGU